CUCUCAUAUCUGACCACUCACCAUGUCCUUCCAGAAUGAUGUGACGAACACCUUCGAACUCCACUGUUCACGUCGACAUUUGACAAUCGAUAGCAGAGAAAAUUCUGCCACCAGAUUCCGCCUGAAUUUUGGGCGACCGCAUUCAACACCACUGCCUGAUACUGGCAUCUUAUCGCAUCCCGCCAUUCAACCCACCAGACGACCCUCGACUGCCCAUCGCCAUCCUAACCAGUCAAUAAAUCGUCAGCCACAUUCGCAACACCGCCAAUAUGGAUGCUCCCGUCGCCGAACCCGCGGCGCAAAGCCAGCAGAACCCCGCCCCCACCACCACAGCGCCAGCUUCAACACCUGCGCCCACGACGACCACCAAGCCCGUCCACUCCCUCGUGAUCGACGCCAACGUCAUCAUCAAGAACGACCCCAGCGUCUCUACCCUUAUCGCCCAAGCCGAGGAGCUCUACACCAUUCCUUCGGUAGUAUCAGAAAUUCGCGAUGAGGCCACCCGACUCCGAUUCCAAACAACCCUCAUGCCCUUCCUCAAGUUCCGCACCCCCCGCCCGGAGUCCAUCAAGUUCGUCACCGAUUUCGCCCGCCGCACCGGUGAUCUUAUGGUUCUUUCCAAGCCCGAUAUCCACUUGAUCGCUUUGACGUAUGAUCUCGAGUGCGAGAGGAACGGUGGCGAUUGGCGGUUGAGGAAGGAGCCUGGUCAGAAGUCGGUUAAUGGUGCGCCGCCAGCCAAGGAGGAGGAGGGUGAGAAGAAGGAGGAGACCACAACCGAGGAACAGAUCGAGGAGAAGACCGAGGCUGCUCCCGUAACGGAGGAGAAGGCCGAGGAGGUAAACCAGGUGGAGGAGCAGCUCGAGAAGUUGGAUAUUGGAAGCCAAGAGCAAGAGACAACACCUGCCCCUGAGGAAGAGGAGGAGGAGGAGGAAGAAGAGAACGACGGCGAAGCCUCUGACGACGACGGCGAAUGGAUCACCCCCACAAACAUCAAAAAGGUCCAAGCCCGCGAAUCCGCCCACGUAGCCCCCGAGCCCCUCCAAAAGACGCUCCAAGCCGCCCUCAUCACCUCCGACAUGGCCAUGCGCAACGUCUCCCUGCGCAUCAACCUCAACCUUCUCGACUCCUCCUUCGCGCGCAUCACCGUUCUCAAGACCUGGGUCCUCCGCUGCCACGGGUGCUGGAAAGUGUGCAAAGACACCACCAAGCAAUUCUGCCCUUCUUGCGGUCAACCGACCCUCACGCGCGUCUCCUGCACGACCGACGCGGCCGGCAACUUUACGCUGCAUCUGAAGAAGAACUUUCAGUUUAACAACCGCGGAAAUGUCUACUCUAUUCCGAAGCCGACGCAUGGUACCGCGAGCGGGAAAAACCAGAAUGUUAAGGGUGGUGGCAAAGGUGGAUGGGGCAAGGAGCUGAUUCUCGCCGAGGAUCAGAAGGAGUAUAUCAAGAGGGCGGAGGAGGAGAAGAGGACGCGGUAUAGGGAUCUGAUGGAUGAUGAUUACUUGCCGGGUAUCCUGACGGGGCAGAGGCAGGGAGGCACGGGGAAUAAUAGGAUUAAGGUGGGGGCGGGGAGGAAUGUUAAUGCUAAGAAGAGGAGGUGAGCGGGCAGUCAGUCAGCCGGUGUGCCUGGUUAAUUCUGGGGGCCAUCUUGGAGCUGGGCUGAAGGGGAAAAGGGAAGGGUAAAAGGUAUGUUUCUGUUGGUAGUCACUGUCAAUGGCGUAAUGGCGUUAGGUUUCAUGAAGAAGAUAUGUUUACUCGUCUUUCUGUCUAGAGAAACCCGUUUCUGA